AUGAAUGCAGCUUUGUCAAGUCCGAGAGGAACUAGCAUUGCUAGAGGUUUAAGCCCUUCGAGAGAGGUUGUUCCUCCAAGAGGGGUUAGUCCUUCAGAUAGAAUGAGUCCACUAAGAGUGAGAAGCUCACUGAGUAAAAACACGCCUUUGAUUCCGCAUUUUGCUGUGGAUGGUAAAGAGAAGAUCAGAGAUAAUGGGGUUGCUGAUGCUCACUUGUUAAGGCUAUUACACAGUAGGUUGCUGCAAUGGCAAUUUGCUAAUGCACGAGCAAAUGCUGUUAUCUCUUCACAAAAGAUGAGAGAGGAGAGAAGACUGUACAAUGCAUGGAGAAGUAUCUCUAAUCUGUAUAAUUCUGUCAGCAUGAAAAGAAUUGAAAUGCAGCACCUGAAGCAGAAUUUGAAACUGAUAUCUAUCCUCAAUAUGCAGAUGGGACAUCUAGAAGAGUGGUUGGUUAUUGAUCGGAAUUAUAUGGGUUCUUUGGUAGGAGCUGCUGAAGCUUUGAAAGGCAGCACCCUUUGUCUACCUGUUGAUUGCGGGGCAAUGGUAAAUGUACAAAGUGUUAAGGAUGCCAUUUGUUCAGCAGUUGAUGUUAUGCAAGCAAUGGCAUCUUCCAUAUGCUUGUUGCUGCCAAAGGUUGGGAAAAUAAGUAGCUUGGCAGCAGAACUUGGCCGUGUGAAUGCCAAGGACGAAGGGAUGCUCGACGUGUGCCGGGACCUUCUAAACACAAUCUCAGCUCUGCAGGUAACAGAAUGCAGUUUGAGGACACAGGUUACACAGCUACAAUAGUAAGGUGGCAAAGUUAACAAAACAGAGUGUCUUCAACAAAGACUUACUUCAGGCGAGGCUUCUUAGUCGCCAUCGGACUCAUCACUUCGUCGUCCGGCGAAAAUCCCUGCACCGGUAUAAUAUUAAGGUCAAAUCCACGGUGGCUACUACUGCUGACGUGGCUAGUAGACCCCACACCUUCCGAGUUCGAAACGCCACCAUCGUAGUGGCACCGCUUGUGGCCGCCGAGAGCUUGACCGGUGGCGAAAGAUUUCCCGCAAACCGAACAAACGUGAGAUUUCACGGCGGUGGAUGGUGUCGAUUUAUCAUUCUCUCCACCACCGUAUAAGCUCCGGUGGCUCGCUUU